AUGAACGAACUGGUGAAGAGUUUGCCCUCCCCAACUCUCUCAGGGGUCCAGCUGCCCGGCUUGGAUACCCACAAAGGCUGGCUUUUCAAAUGGACCAACUACCUGAAGGGCUACCAGCGGCGAUGGUUUGUCCUCAGUAACGGCCUGCUGUCGUAUUACAGGACUCAAGCAGAGAUGGCACACACUUGCCGCGGCACAAUUCCAAUGGUCACGGCCCACAUUGAGGUUGGGGACACUUGCCACUUGGUGUUGACGAGUGGAGGACGGAGCUACCACCUGAAGGCCACCUCGGAGGGAGAAUGUCAGCGCUGGGUCUCUGCCCUGCAGCAGGCUAAGGCCAACGCGACUCAAUUGAUGCAUCACUCGGAUGAUUCAGGAGAUGAGGGUCCUGUACCCCAGGAGGACCGUGCCCUGACCCAGGGGGUGCUCAAGACUCUAGCUAGCAAACUAGAUGACCUGAGCACCUGCAACGAGCUGAUAGGCAAACACGGUGCGGCUCUCCAGCGCUCCCUUAGCGAGCUCGAGGAGCUAAGGGGCUCCACAGACGGCACAGACAAACUGAAGGCUGUCAACGAGCGCGCCACCCUCUUUCGCAUCACCUCCAAUGCUAUGAUAAAUGCUUGCCGUGACUUUUUGGAUGUAGCAGAAACACACAGUCGGAGGUGGCAGAAGUCCCUGCAGUAUGAACGAGAACAACGUCACCAUCUGGAGGAAACCAUUGAACAACUAGCCAAACAGCACAACAGCCUAGAGAGAGCUUGGAGGGAAAACCCCACCACGCACACAGUAGGAGUGGAGAGAGGUCAGGAGGGGGAUGCCAGUGAUGACAAUGAGGAUGCAGAGUUCUUCGAUGCCAUGGAGGACUCCCCUGCAUUCAUAACUGUGACUGCUAAUGACCACAUACAGCACAGGCGCUCAGGCAGCAAUCAGAGUAUGAUGAGUGGAGGACUGACCAGCGGCUGGACCCACAAUGAGAAUCAUUCCUCUGGCUCAAACCACAUGCAGAUACAAAGAACGAGACGCAGCCGCAUUCCAGAUAAACCCAAUUACUCCCUCAACCUGUGGAGCAUCAUGAAGAACUGCAUUGGCAAAGAUCUAUCCAAGAUACCAAUGCCUGUAAACUUCAAUGAGCCGUUGUCAAUGCUGCAGCGACUGAGUGAGGAUCUGGAGUACAGUGAGCUCCUGGACUGGGCAGCUCGCUGUGACUCCUCUUUUGAGCAGAUGUGCCUGGUGGCGGCCUUUUCUGUCUCCUCCUACUCCACCACUGUCCAUCGUACAGCCAAACCCUUCAAUCCUCUCUUGGGAGAAACCUAUGAGCUCGACCGGUUGGAGGAGUAUGGUUAUCGCUCCAUCUCUGAGCAGGUCAGUCAUCAUCCCCCGGCUGCCGCCCACCAUGUGACAUCACAGAGAGGAUGGACCCUGUGGCAGGACAUCGCUAUUGACAGCAAGUUCCGUGGGAAAUAUAUUUCUGUUAUGCCGCUAGGCUGCAUUCACCUGCGGUUCCACUCCAGUGGGAAUCACUACGUGUGGAGCAAAGUCACGUCUACAGUGCAUAAUAUUAUUGUGGGUAAACUGUGGAUUGAUCAGUCUGGAGACAUUGAAAUAGUAAACAAUACUACCAAGGAUACCUGCCAUCUGAAGUUCUCCCCCUACAGCUACUUUUCCAGAGACGUCCCUCGCAAAGUGACCGGUGUGGUGGAGGACAGAGAAGGUACAGCACACUAUAUCUUGUCAGGAACCUGGGAUGAGAAGAUGGAGAGUGCCAAAAUAGUGGACAGCAGCCAAGGAUGUGGCGGGUCCGAGGGAAAACAAAAGACUGUUUAUCAGACACUCCCACCUAAACUGUUGUGGAAAAAAUAUCCCCUCCCUGAUAAUGCGGAAAACAUGCACUUUUUCUCCUCCCUGGCCCUGACCCUGAACGAGCUGGAAGAGGGAGUGGCCCCCACUGACAGUCGGCUGAGACCAGACCAGCGUCUGAUGGAGGCGGGUCUAUGGGAUGAAGCCAACGGCCAGAAACAACGUCUAGAAGAGCGGCAAAGGCUGGAGAGGAAGAAGAGGGAGGCACAAGCUAACCAGGCCCUGGAAGAAGGCCGGCGCAUUGAGGGGUACCAGCCUCUGUGGUUUGAGAGAAGAACAGAUGACGCGACAGGGGAGAGCAGCUUUGUCUACAGGGGUGGUUACUGGGAGGCCAAAAAGAGACAGGACUGGAGCCUGUGCCCGGACAUCUUCUAGAGCUCUCCUGUCUGGGCUGGCUGGGACGUCUUCUGCGAAGGACCAAAAUGGUGAAGAAACCUCGCAGAUACCAAGCUUUGUGUACAGAUUGGUCUGCACCUAGAAAACAGCAUAAGAUGACAAAUCCUUUGACGUGCAAACCGUCCGUCGUUUUGACUUUAUUUGGAAAUACUGUCAGCAAUAACGUAACGGCACAAUCACUUGAGAAACCGAUUCAGACACCCGGAGUGCAAAACAUAAAUUGUGUUCUGAUAACAAUGUCCCCUUACUAUGUAAUAGUGAUAUAAUGAUAAUCUUCCCACACCCUUCCCGGUGUGGGAAGAUGGCGGCGUGAAAUCACGUUUGCAGCGGCCUCACCCAGUACCGUCCAUGCAGUGUCUUUGUCCACGUCUGCGUCCAAGUUUGCGUCUUCGUUUGAUGGCUGGGAGAGCUGGCGUUGGAUCGGCUGGGGGAGCCUGGUCUGCUGCGUCCAGUGGGCCCAGGGACCAGGGCCCUGCCUGGAGCUGUGCCCGAACAGGAAACACCGAGGGUGGUCUGACAGGAUGCGGAAGCGGGCAGGCUAAGCUAACUGCUAGCCCAUGUGGACCGGCAGUUCCGACAGUCAUCCUGGCGUUCGCUCUCUUGGACAGUGAAUUCCUUUUUGGGGGGUAUGUUGGAUGUGUUUUUGUAUAUUUUUGCGUGGUUUGGAUAAAUGUGUUGUAGUUUGGAUAUGUGUUUUGUCUUUGUGUUGCACUGCUGUGGGCUGGGGAAACAUGUUUCGUUUCAUUUCAUGUGUGUAAGAGCAUGAAAUGAAACGACAAAUAAAUGUUCCUGCCUCCUGACUAAUGCAGAUCGGCCCAAGUCGAAGCAGUCAUGAAGGAGAGGCUUGAGGUGAAAUAUAGUUUAUUCCAGAAAUCAGGCAGUUUGGUUUUCAAGUGUUAACAAUAUAUUGCUCGUUUUAAAGUGGAUUGUUACUACAUCUUGACAAAUAUUGAGCGCACAAAGAGCAAAUUAACAGAAUAUGUUGUGUUUUAACCGUCCAUACGGUUUUCAGCUGUGUAUUUGUACAGGGUGUAAAGCACAGAUGUGCGUAUCGGAUUUUGUAAUAGGGGCUUUUAAUUUCAGUGUAUACAGAUGAUAUAUGUAACAGAAAUAAAGAUUACCUCAAGUAUGAUAGGAAGAGCA